AUGCAUCUGUGGACGCUCUGCAUCUUUUUAUUGCGCAUAAUUCGCUCUACAUGUAGUUUGCCGACAAUAUAUGUUGUUCCAAGUUUACGAUCGAUUGGUGAUGAAGACGGCACAUUGAAAAAUCCAUUUGCAACCAUUGAGCAAGCUCGCGAUCAUCUUCGGACGAUCUUUCGAGACUCAAUGCAACGUGUUGCACUCUAUCCAACAUAUUAUUACCUAAACGGUCAGACAUUGUCAUUCGAUGAACGUGAUCAUUCAACAGUUUAUACGGCAAUGUCAAAUAAUGAACGAAAUCAAAUAACACUCGAGAGGAGAAGAGAUUUGAUUGAAUUAGAGUUUCCAAUCAUCAGUGGUGGUAUUCAUCUUAUUGAUUGGAUCGUUGAUGUACAAAUUUGGCGUAUUCGCAUUCCACGCUUUCUCCCUGCAGUCACGCAAUUAUUUGUCAACGGUCAACGUGCUGUGCGUAGUCGUUUACCAAUCAAUGACUAUUAUCACUAUGAUAAAGGACUGGAUAAUCGUACUCAACUCGCUUAUCGAAGUUUUGUCUAUCGUGAACAUCAGUUUGAUAAUAUUACACUUAGUUCGACGUCGUGCAGCGAAAUUAUCAUCUAUCAUUCGUUUACCACUUCUCGUCAUUAUUUCUCGGAGAUUUUCCCACAAAAUCGAACAAUACUUUUUGCAAAUCCAUCAUUAUCUGUCAUUGGUAAUACGACCAUUAGUCAACAAUCUGGUCAACGUUUUCAUCUCGAAAAUAUUUAUGAAGGAAUGAUCGUACAAGAAGGCUCAUUCUUUUUCGAUUCGCCGACACAAAUGUUGUAUUAUCAUGCACGAUCGAGUGAACAUCCUCGAAAUACUUCUAUUAUCCUACCGAUACUUGAAAUUGUCCUAUCAAUGGUUAAUGCUACUAAAAUCGAAUGGAAUUCAGUUGGAAUUGAGCAUAGUGCAUGGAUGACAUCGGCGAAAGCGAAUAAAAGUAUUCCCAUCGAUGGACGAGCAGCCGCUGAUUAUCUAAAUCGAUCUACCGUAGCGAUUUAUCUUCGUAAUUCGACUGAAAUUGCAUUCAAUCAAGUCGAAACAGCACAUAUCGCUGGUUAUGCGAUACAAAUCGAUGAGAAUUGUCAAGGAAUUCGAAUUGAAAAUAGUCAAAUGUAUGAUUUAGGAGCCGGUGGAAUAAGAAUCGGAUUAGCUGAACAUAAUCGGAAACAAUUCAUAGAAAAUAUUCUCAUCAAGAACUGUACCUUCUACAAUAACGGUCAUCUCUUCCCGAUGGGCGUUGGUAUUCUCGUUCAACUUGCAACGAGAAACGUCCUAAUCACCCAAAAUACACUCUACGCAUUUUACCAUACGGCUAUUCAUAUCGGUUGGUCAUGGGACUACGACGAAAGUUCAUGUUACAAUCAGACAAUCUCUUUUAACUACAUUCAUCAUCUUGGCCAACAUACAUUGAGUGAACUCGGUGGUAUAUACACAUGUGGUGUGUUGAACGACACGUUCAUCACGAACAAUGUUCUACAUGAUAUCUUCGGAUACUUCUUACAUGAUUGGGGUAUCUACUUAGCUGAUGGUAGUUCACAAUUAAUGGUAACGAAUACAAUUAUCUACAACACAGGUUCAGCUGGAAUUACUAUGAUUUAUGGUUUUAACAACACAUUUCGAAAUAAUGUGCUUGCUCGAUCGAGUAAUGAAGGUGAUGGAGAACUAUCGCUGUACCGUCGUGAAGCAAAAGAUCAUUUAGUAUUUACAUUUUACAACAAUAUUGUUUAUGAUACUGUUAAUGACACCGGUCGUUGGAUAUUCCAAGUUCAAGCGCCAGAUCCCUUUUCAGCACCAUAUGUGAUCAUGGAUCGUAAUUGUUACUAUAAUUCGUUUGAAGCUAUGUUCAUAUUUGGCCUUGGUCGACUAGUUUUCAGCGAAUGGCAAGAAACCAAUCACGACACGAAUAGUUUUAUCGGAGAUCCGUUGUUUCUCCACGCAAAAAGCCAAUGUAACUUCUUUCAACUUAAUCCGAAUAGUCAAGCCGUGCAAUAUUUAGGUUUUAAACCGAUCGAACAGCUACCUCAAUGGAAGCCAGGAUGUUAA